UCAGGUUCUUCGUGACGAUGGCGUUGUACCACGAAUAGAGGCACCACAGAUGACUGCUGAAUUUGUGAGGAAGUUGUUCAGGAGCCUGAAUGAGACACAGGCAGCCAUGUUCUACACUGUCCGCCAGUGGUGCCUGAAGCGUGUGUGGGGUCAUAAUCCCGAACAGUUCUUCUACUUUGUGUCAGGUGGUGCUGGUUGUGGGAAAUCGCACGUCAUCAGGUGCAUAUACACAGAAGCCACCAAGAUUCUGCGACAACUGCCUCGACUACGGGAUGAAGGUGAUCUCUCUGUACCUACAGUGCUGUUGACUGCAUUUACUGGAACAGCAGCAUUCAACAUUUCUGGAAAGACACUGCAUUCCCUUUUAAAACUGCCAAGGAGUUUGAAGCCACCUUAUCAAGGACUUGGGAACACCCUUGAUGAAGUAAGAGCAGGAUUAUGCAACGUGGAGAUUCUUAUUAUUGAUGAAGUAUCCAUGAUUUCCAAGGACCUGUUUGCUUACGUUAACUGGAGAUUUCAACAGAUCAAAGGCAGCAAGAAACCAUUUGGAGGAAUCUCUUGUCUGGCCGUAGGAGACUUUUUUCAACUGCCACCGCUUGGGAAAGCCAAACCACUCUGCGUGUACGAAGAGGAUGUGCUGGACUUCUGGAAGGAUAACUUUCAAAUGGUUACGCUCACCGAGGUAAUGCGUCAAAAAGAAGACCUUGCUUUUGCGGAACUUUUGAACAGACUUCGAGUGAAGCAGAAGACUCAAGCUCUCGAGGAAGAGGACAGAGCUUUGUUAAUCCAGGCCGCGAAGAACCGGGAAGACUGCCCGCAUGAUGCUCUACACGUAUUUGCCACCAACAAAGAGGUUCACAAACACAAUCUCGAAACUGUACAGGCACUUCACACUGACAUCAUUACGGUUGAUGCCGAAGACUACAGGAAGGACCCAAAAAUAGGACUGACGAAGAAACUUCACAAACCUGUCAUCGGAAAAAGGGAAGACUUGCUCGACACCAUUCAACUUGCAGUGGGAGUUCGUGUAAUGGUGACUAGAAAUCUGGAUGUGGAAGAUGGCAUUGUUAAUGGAUCUUUUGGGAAAGUUGCAACCAUAGUCACCACAACAAAAGAUGGAAUUGCCACGGUGCAAAGGCUUGGACUUCAGCUGGACAAUCCAAAUGCAGGUCAGAAACAUCGCAAAAAGGGACAAGGUGAAGAUGAUGUCUUGGUUUACAUUGAGAGAUCGGAAGAAAAUCUAAGGAAAGGAGUAGUUCGUCGACAGUUCCCCAUCAAGCUAGCCUAUGCCUGCACAGCUCACAAGGUUCAAGGAAUGACCAUGCAAUCUGCUGUAGUGUCGCUGAAGAAGAUUUUCGAGCCGGGAAUGGCCUAUGUUGCCCUCAGCAGAACGACUUCAUUGAGUGGAUUACAUAUUACGGACUUUGAUGAAAAGAAGAUAUAUGCUAAUCCCGAAAUAACCAUCUCUUUGCAAAACAUGAAAAAAGCAAACCUUGAAGGAGUCAUGCCACUUCUGCACCAAGUAAAGGAGGCAAGCCACGACCAUACUUUUACAAUCGUUCAUCACAACACCGAAGGACUAGCAUCCCACAUCGAGGACGUUAGAUGCCAUCAUGAGCUGCAACUUUCGGAUAUUCUUUGUUUGACGGAAACCCACCUGUCCGGCUCAUGUAUUUCUCCACAUCUCCAAUUAGAAGGAUACAAGAUGUUUGCACGAAAUCGACACGUCUCCUACUCCACACAUGCAGAAAUUGCAAAGAAAGAUGGUGGUGGGGUUGCAAUAUUUUGCAAAGAAGACAUCCAAGCGCAGCCCCGCCAGUACAUUCAAAAUGUCACGGACCUGGAGUUUGUCGUCAUCAACGUGGACACUCCGAUGAAUGCAACAAUUGCUGCUGUGUACAGGCCACCACACUACAGUCUGGAGAAAUUCCUGCCAAACUUAAGAAGCCUACUCGAUUAUGUGGAAAUGAUGAAGAAGAAUCCUGUCAUCAUCUGCGGAGACUUUAAUGAAGACCUCCUUUCUCCUGGAAAAAAGCCUAUAAACGACAUGUUUCAAUCCAAGGGCUACACACAACUGAUCACAACAGCGACGACUGAAAAGGACACAUUGUUGGAUCAGAUUUACAUCUCUCAUCUUGACAUCUGCAUCCAGUCAGGUGUAUUACAGACUUACCACAGUUAUCACAAUCCUGUAUACUGCAUUUUGCGCAAAUGAGUUUCUGAGGUUGAUGAUAAUAGUUUUUGUGGUUGGGGGUUCUGUUUUGGUAUAUAGAACCAGGGACACUGAGGUUUAAUGAAAGUAAGCCAAUUUGUAAAAAAGUUUAAAGAUGUUGAGAUGUUGAGCAAAGCAGCAGCAGUGAGGAUCAGUGGCAGGUUCAGUGAAGACUUGAGGGAGCGAGAGCAGCAGGUCCACAAAGGAUUCGCAAGAAUAGGGCGGCAUCUUCAGCGAGACAGCAGGAAGUGAGAGCAGCAGGAACAGUUAGUGAGACACACACUAACAUGAAGACAGCAAGAAAUGGAUGCACAAGAAUAGUGCAGCAUCUUCAGCGAGACAGCAGGAAGUGAGAGCAGCAGGAACAGUUAGUGAGUUCCACACUAACAUGAAGACAGCAAGAGAAGACUUGGGAGAGCGAGAGCAGCAGGUCCACAAAGGAUGCACAAGAAUAGUGUGGCAUCUUCAGUGAGGAAGCAGGAAGUGAGAGCAGCAGGAACAUUACAGGAGGAAUUCGGAUACAAUAGCAAGAACAGGACAAGAUUCCUCAAGAUACAAUCUUAAGCUAAGUUUAACCACUCUAUUUCAUUUCAAUCAAUGUACUACGUCACCACAUUUUCAGAAAAAUUUUAAUCUAAUUGUUGAUUUUAAUGUUUCAGCCACAGUUGAAGUGAGAACGCCUGAGAAGGCCUGUUGACAACAAGAGGAGCAAAUGGCAGUGACUGAGGGAUCAAGACUACUGCGAUAGCAAUGAGGAUAUCCUCACUACUGUCAUGCCAGAUCAAGCAGCUGGUCGAAGGGGGAUGCUUCGUGUGACCCUGCCUGCUUCGUGUGACCCUGCCUGCUUCGUGUGACCCUGCCUGCUUCGUGUGACUCUGCCUGCUUCGUGUGACCCUGCCUGCUUCGUGUGACCCUGCCUGCUUCGUGUGACCCUGCCUGCUUCGUGUGACCCUGCCUGCUUCGUGUGACCCUGCCUGCUUCGAGUGAGCCCUGCCUGUUGCAUCGACACACUGUAUAAAUGAAGAUCAAUUCCUGCUACCUGUUUCACCCAGAUGAGGAUGGGUUCCCUGUUGAGUCUGGUUCCUCUCAAGGUUUCUUCCUAUUACCAUCUCAGGGAGUUUUCCUUGCCACUGUCGCCCUCAGCUUGCUCACCAGGGACAAUCUGACCAUUUUGAUUAAUACACAUUCACAUUCCAUACAAACUUCAAUAAUUCUUUUGAUUGUGUAAAGCUGCUUUGCGACAAUGUCAGUUGUUAAAAGCACUAUGCAAAUAAAAUUAAAUUGAAUACUGCUGUAAUUAGCUUUACUUAGAGUUUUUCUGUGUAUUACAUUAAUAAUGUGUUCACUAUUAUGCUUAUAUUAUUGUGCUAUUUUUCUGUAUAUUAUUUGUUUUUAUUUAAUGUAACGCUGCUUUGUGAAAAGCACUAU